UCAAUUAAAUUAUAGUCUGUUACAGUAUAUUUGCUUAUCGCAAUUAAUUCGAUAAAUGUUGAUACUUAUAAGAAGUGCCACAUUUCAUACAAUGUCCAUUCUAAUUAGGUUUAUUAAUUGUGUGGAAACUCUGUAUUUUUAGAUAUCACGAAGUACAGUCAGUAAUCACAAGUCAGAACGAAUUAACUGUUUCGAGACUGUUGGCGGCAAUACUUAAAAAAUUAAAAAUGCGUAAAGGCAAGGGAACUCAAUUAAAUUUCUGCAAUUGCAAACGUUCCAGGUGCCAGAAGAAAUAUUGCGUUUGUUUCACUAAAGGAAGACCAUGCUGUGGUGAUUGCAAGUGUGUCGAUUGUUUUAAUAAGUAUCAGGUUGGUGAGUUGCCAACUACUGGAUUGGAGGAAAAUGUGAAUGUUGUAGAAUCUACAGUUCCAUUUUAUCUUCUAAAUGGCGACUAUCAUCAAGUGCUUGAAAAUAUGAUAGUAGAGGAUUCGUCAGAGUACCCUCAAGGAUCUCAAGUAUAUGAACCACACCAAAUUGUUGGAAUAACAGUUGAAAACCAAUCAGUCGAUUUCGAAAAAGUUGCUCCGGCUGAAGUACCCGAAUUGGCAGAAAGUAUUAUUAUUGAAUUGCCACCCAAGUAUAUGAUUCGUGGACAACCAGAGCCAGUACCGAAAGUAAAAAUUAAUCCAGAAAAUGAAUUCGGAAACAUCACAUUUGAAAUCCUAAAUACUAUUCAGAAAUGCUUGUUUUUCUAUGCCGCCGAUUGUUAUUCUGAAGGUUUGUCCUAUGUAGUCAUUGAAAAGAUGAUAUUGAGAAAAAUGAAAGAAUUUAUUUGGCAAAUUAUUAAUUUAGCACGAAUGGAAAAAGAAGGGUCUACACUUAAGAUUAUGUAAUUACAGAUUUUAUAAAUUUUAAAUAUGAAUAA